AUGCCUGUUCCACUUGCCGUACCUGUCCCCGACCGGGAGGGCAAGACUGAUGCUGCGAUGACAUUUGUCUACUCUGACACAGACAUCCACGUCCUUGUCUCUAACACCUUGCACAAGAGGACCGUGAGACACAUUGCAGAGAACUUCAGCCGUCGCAUGAAUGAGCCCGUCAUAGUGUUCCUUGACGCUAUUCAUCAGAAGUACCGCCUGGUCACUUGGGGCGAGGGAUGCACUCUUGACCCUGAGAACAUGGGAGCGUUCGUCCUUCAUUGCGACAUGUCUGAACGGGAGGCGACCCAGCCUGCACCCACUGCGACUCCUUCUCCUACCAAGGAGGAGCGCAUCCCGCGUCCUUGCAAUAGCUGGAUCCUGUAUCGAGGACACCACGCGGUGCAGCUGAAGAUCCAGAACCCGCGAUUCACCGCAGCCCAGCUUUCGACCAGGAUCUCCACCAUGUGGAAGGCCGAGCCGGCCAGCGAGAAAGCCAUCUGGCAGCAAAAGGCCAAGGAAGCAGAUCGCCUCCACAAGGAAAAAUACCCAGACUACAAGUACACCACCUCGAAGCGAGCGAAAAAGCGCCGCGUUGGUGGAGCUGUCUGGGCCGGACCCAACUGA